AUUUGGCCAUGCGCAUAACGGUCCUCAAACAUGGAGAAGCAUGGGUUAUGAUCACCAUUAAUACAUGUUUUUAUAGAUAUGGAGUCGUCAGAACAGUUUUCUUUUGGAGACUUCAGUGACCUCCUCCCAGACGACUAUCAGAAGAUACACAUCAUUCUCCAUGGGCGGAAAGAUGGAAUAAAACACGUUGAGUUUCCAUGGGACACCUGUAAGGAACCUUGGGCAGUUCCACAUACUGCAGAUGGUGAAGGCUACCAUGGCAACACCAUUGCUGAUGUUCACCAGGUCCCUCCAAUGGGCAUCCCUCCGCAGUUUGUGCCCUGCCUUGUGGCUGGAAUGCCUCCUAUUCCUGCCAUGGUCCCUGUUGGCGCGUACCCCAUGGGUCAUCCGCACAUUGUGAAUGGCUUGCCGGUCCCCACCGGACAGGUGGCCCAAGUUGUCCCUUACCCGCAGUACGGUCAUCCCGCAAGUGGGUCAGUGCCGUCAAACCUCCCUGAUAACCGCUACUGUGAGAUGAAGAAUGAAGGCGCGGGCAUGACCGCUAAAUGCGCAGGUUUUGAGAACGAAGAUUGCGAGCUUCGGGAUGUCAUCGUGGAUUCGGCAUCGAAACCAGUUUGUCAGCAGGUGCCGAAAACCGACGUGGAAUUUUCAGGUGUCCCGUACGGUAGCGCAGUUAACAAAGUCGAGCCUACUGAAGCUUCUAUGGAAAUUGAAACCACUGCGAAUGCAGAAAAACCAUCUGCAGUUAACGAUCAUACUGAAGCUGAGAAGCGUGUUGACGAAAAUGACACUCGUGGUAAUGUUGGAAAUGAUAGUAUUUCUAAAAGGACUACGGAUAGUAUGAAUGCGCAAGCGUCCAGUCAGAUGGGGGAGUCAUCAACAGCAGCAGUAGAAGCAGAAAGCCAUUCACCCGAACCUCAAACUGCCGUGGUGGCGGAAUCGUACACUACCGAGGACUCGGUAGCCUUUGAUAAAAAUGACCCGCCCCUGCCCUCACAUGGUGCUACAUCUCCCAGCUCGGAGCCUAGUGUUGCGGGAUCAGGCCCAGUCCAAGUCCGUACCUGGGCCGCCCUCUUCAAGAAUGAGAAGACUGCCAACAUGGCGAAGGUGACCUACAUUGGCGCUGGUGAUGGAUUCAAGCAGGAGAGUCCAGCAAAUGCCACCAACAAGAAGAACGAAACCGUGGAGCUCCCAGUCCCAGUGUCCGAGGAUUCGGCUGCGUCUAAACUUGGAGAUUUUCUUCUCAAUGUUAAGCUGGAGCACAAAGUGAUAGCCCUGCAACCCCGAGGACUUGUUAACAGAGGCAACUGGUGCUAUAUCAAUGCUACUCUUCAGGCUCUUGUUGCCUGUCCUCCAUUUUACCAUCUUCUGAAAAAACUCUCUACUGCGCGUCUGCUAACCCGAGGGCCCAGUUCCACACCCAUCCUCGAUAGUUUUGUUGAUUUUGUCAAGAAGUUUUCUCCCAUGACUCGUUUAAGUGGUCCGAGAAAUCGAAGGAGUUUAGAACUGGUGUCUGGACCCGCAUUUGAACCAGAAAAUAUCUACCGGAUGUUGCAGGUCAUAGAAGUCAACCAUUGUUUCAAGCUUGGUAAGCAGGAGGAUGCUGAAGAAUUUCUUAGCUGUAUUCUGGACGGUUUGCAUGAAGAAAUGGCUGCAGCGAUCAGUGCUGUCACCAACGACAGCCCAGUAAAUGGUAUGGCACAGCCAAACGGUUAUAUCGAGGAUGAGGAGAUAGAUGAGGAGGAAGAUGAGACAUGGCAACAAGUCGGACCUAAGAAGAAGAGUGUGCAGACCCGUCGAGCUAGUUUUGCAAAGACUCCGAUCGGCGACAUCUUUGCUGGUCAGAUCCGAUCCGCAGUGUACAGAGCCACUUCAGCUGAGUCGGCAAAUCUGCAGCCAUUCUUCACGCUCCAGCUCGAUAUUCAGAAUGAAAAGAUCUGGACCGUCUGUGAUGCACUGGAUGGGCUUGUCUGCAAGGAAAUGGUUCAUGGAUACACAUGUUCUAAGACGAAGGAGGAGGUUGAAGCAGCAAGGAAAAUAACUCUGGAAGAACUUCCCUCUGUUCUCAUUCUACAUCUCAAAUGCUUUGUCUAUGACCAGAAGGGAGGUUGCCAGAAGCUACUGAAGAAAAUAGAUUUUGAAGUUGAUCUUCAGAUCAAGAAGGAAAUGUUAUCAGCUACAGCGAAGUCGAAGGUGCAGACUGCACAUAGGACAUACAAACUGUUUGCUGUUGUAUUUCACCAUGGAAAGAACGCAACGGGUGGACACUACACGACAAACGUGUUUCACCCUGGUAUUAGCAGCUGGGUCAAGAUUGAUGACUCUCGCAUCCAGGCCGUCUCGGUACAAGAAGUGCUGAAGUUUUCCGCUCCCAGGAUGCCGUAUUUGUUAUACUACAGACGCAUAGACUUGGCCUAACCACCACACCACAUCUGUGUACAGACAAUGCUCCAAGUUCACAGACAGGCAGUUACUUGUGUAUGUGCACAGAGAUUACUGGAGCCAAUUUUUUUUUCUGAAAUGUUUGGUCAUGUUCUGGAAGUGUGCAGACAGACGAUGAGCAUGGCUCACUGGAACGUAUUUGGCUGUAGCCUAUUUUCUGAAAUCUGGAAAACUCUUAUCUUGAAGGGUUUGUGAAAAGGGGUUACUUUUAUGCAAUGUUUUAGAAGUCGUGGUGGUCUUCAAUGAACCUGUAUAAAUGUUGAGUCUGAUAUUGAUCUGCUGACUUUCUGGGCCCUGUUUUUGGAGUUGUACAGAAAUUGUGAUGGAAAACAGGAGUUUAAAGGUGUACAGACAAUGUUUGUGAUCUACAUGAUGAAUGUGAAAGAUACAAUUACUGCGUUCGAUAGAUGAAAGACUAGUGGCACAGUUGGAAAAAAAUAGAUAUGUAUGGUUGAAUAGACAAAAUUGUGCCAUUUGAGAAAAAAUAAACUCGGAACUUCAGUUUUUCUUUAAUAUACAAACAACCAUUUUGUAUUGAAAAAUGGCAGCGUUGCAAUAAUUCUCGAAUGGACGAGAAAGCAUUUGAUCAUUGACAAAUAAUUGAAAGGUUCAAGCAUCUUAAAUGUGGACAGUAUUGUUGAAAAGACACCAUGUUUUUUUUUUAAUAUACAAAUGGAUACAACUGUUAUGCCAUAGAAAGGGAGGUAACUGGUGAACAUGGUAAAGAGCUAGUGAGGUAAAGAUUUUGUUUAAUGCCUGUAUGCAACAGUAUGUGAUGAUAGCUUUUGAUAAAUUGAUAAUAAACUUAAAUUUUAAGGAUGAAGUAAUAUAUUUUUUCAAUAAAUUCUUGCAAUCUCUGUGCAGUAUUUUACUUCGUGACAAAUAUAUCAUUGAUAGCAGACGAGCUCCAGUUUGGCCGAGAACAUGAUUGGGGAAUAAACGUAUUCAACAAAAAACAUGCCUUUAACUUUGUACUACUAUUUCUAACUGCAUUAAUAUUUACUUACGUGGCAUAGGAUUUUAUAUAUAGCUAUUAAAAGAUGUUUUGUAGAAUGCAGUGCAGUGUAUUUGACCAAUAUUGUGUUAAUAGUAAACCAAAAUAUACCUGAAAUAUGUUGCUAAAUGAGUGUGCAGUUUAGUCAAAUUAAUUUGUUUGAAAUAAAUCUCGACUGGGUUAAUAUUUGAUUCAGUAACUAGCAUUUUGACAAAUAGAAAUUGGUUGAAUAAUAUAUCGAAACAUGUAAUUCAAAUCUAUUGUACCCCCUCUUAUUUUUUUAUUUUUUUUAUAUAUAUUUUUUUUACCAUUUGAAGUUAAGUAAUUUUGAAGGUUUAGAAUAUCCAUAAUAUUAGUCAUUUCUUUUGUUUUUGAAGCCAGCCCCUCUCUCUCUCUCCCCUCCCCCCCCCUCGCCAGUUUUGUAUUUAAAAGAUUGUUGAAGAUGUCCCUAAUUUGUGGUUUGUUUAAAUCUGAAGAGGUGUUUUUCUACCUCAGUAUUAUAAUGCUGGCAAAGUGUCCAUCAUUGUGUGCCAGUUUGUUAGUUCCAUCUUCUUAACACAUGCAUAAUCUCCACCCGGAAACAUGGAACACUGUUGUAAUGGAUUUUGUCAACACUUUAAAUCUGUUAAUCAAAAUCCAUGGGGCUAUUUCUUCCUAUGGAUGUGUGUGUUUCUUUCCACCUUAAAUAAAAUGUGUUGAGUGCGUCAUUAAAUAAAACAUUUCCUUUCCUUUCCUUUCCAACAAACCAUGUUUUAUCUUUCAUAAUUUCAUUCUUUUAAGACUUGUGAAUAUGUUACAUGUAUGUGUGUGUGUGUGUGGGAGUGUGUGCUUACUGUAUUUGAAAGUUACUGGGCAGAUGAUGAAAACUGUUCACAUUUGAUUGCCCAGGUGUACUGUACAGAAUACUUUUUAUGUGCCAUUGGAUUUGUUCAAUAUGACGACACUGAGAAACCAAACCCCCAUUUCUUUUUAUUCGACUGUUACACAUUUUUCAGUAGACUUGUUUGUGCAUAUUUUGGCAAGAUCUGAAAUUAUGGAUUUUAUUUUCAUAGAUAAUGUUUAUUAUUAAUUAUGUCAUUAAUAGAGGUAUCUUGAUAACAUUUUGCAAUAAUUUCACCUACAAAUCAAGUGCCAUUUUCAAUUAGAGAUUUUUAACAUAUAAAGUAGUCUUUGCUUUUCCUUGGUUUCAUUUAUUCUGUAAUUUUAAUAUAGUGCAGUAAAUGUCUUCAAAUGCUGUAUGAAUUUGACACAAAUCCCCAUAGAUAGCCAAAAAAUACAACCUCCCAAAACCACACUAUUUCAUCAACUACAAAUCAACUAGGUCUGUCCACAAUAUCAAAUACAUUGCAGAUAGAACUUGUUAAUUCUUAGUCGACAGUUUGUUGAAGUGGAACAUUACAUGGUCAAGCUUUUUUAAAUGGAUGUUUAAAAAGAGUGAAAAUGUUUGUUGCUGAUUCUCUGCAAUUUUGUAAAAGAGCUUUUUCAAACAUGGUAUCGUACAGUGUAAUUGUAAUAAUGAUUAUUUUAGGAUUGGUAGGUGUAAGGGCUCACACUUGGAACAAAUUUUUGGUUCAGUCGGUUUUCAGAUAUUUGGUAUUUGUUUGAAAAUUAGUAAAAUGUGGUUAAAGUCAUGAAUAUUCAGACUAAAUUGUAUCCGCUAUGUAUGAAAAUUAUCAUUUGGCUUAUUUGGCAGUGGACAGGGCGAGCCCCGAUGUAAAUUCUGAUCUCCCUUUCCUCUGAUCACAUUCAUACCUUAAUUUUCAAAAUCUUAAGUAGCUGGGACCUAAUUCACUAAAGUCUCGCAACUUUGCGAUAUAGCAGUGCAAUGCAAAAAGAACUUGCAAAGAGGAUGCUUUGUUGUCUAGCAGAGCCUAAAAGACCUUUGUGAAUUAGGCCCCUGACGUGUUGUAAUCUGAAUGAGGAUCACGAGAAAAAUGCAUUGUGAGGAAAGUAGUACCAAUAAUCUUAAGGUAGGUAUUUCUAAAUUGAUGUAUUAUAGGUAUUUCUAAAUUGAUGUAUUAUACAUACAUAUCUGAUCUUUGACUCAGUUUUGUAAAGUGUAUGAUUCAGCAGUCACAAAGUUUGAUAUUUGUAGCAUACACAUUAUAGCAUAGCCCUUAAAAGUCCUGGAAAAUGAAACCAUUUGAAGUGUAUGAACCCUGACAUAGACGAGUCUUGGUUGUACAUUUUGGAGGGACUGCAGUAAUUUCACUUGAACAGUAUUUUGAUUUGUUAAGACUAUUAACACUAAAUCGGUCACUGAAUUACCUAUUGGUACCUAUUAAAAUUAUACCAGGUUCUUUCUUGUUGGUAAAGAUAAAAAUACCAUCAUAAUGGCUUUUUCCUUUCUUUAGGGAUAUAAUUGAAUAACAAGGCAGCUAAUGACCACAUACAUUUAUAAGAUAUUCAAUUUUAAUCCAUUUGAUUCAUCUAUAGUUAAUUGGACUAAUUAAUAUAAUAAAUUUGUACAUGUAUCUGGAUUUGAACCCAAUGUCAAGUGAAGAGGUUGUGGGUGGGCACAUGAUGACAUGCUGUAUUGAGUGCAAAAUAAUAAUUAUAUUGUACAUCUUAGAAUAAUUCAAAACAAAUUUUUAUUUUACGAAUUGGGAGCCGAAUAUAUGAAUAACUCGUGAGAGGAUGCACCUUGCUGUUUGUUUGAGAUGAAGUAUUUUUUUCAGCAUGUUCAUUAAAUGUAUCGUUGAUUAGGAAGACGACAAAAUAUUAAAUAAAAGUGAAGAAUGAAAAUUAUACAUUUUGUUUAUGUAUGUAAUAUAUAAUUAUGACACAUGCAUAUAUGCACCAACUUAAUUUCUAAAAUGAUGUUUGUUUUAAUGUAAACAGGGCCCUUGCUUAUAAAACUUUUUAUUAGAGUCCAGAUUCGAUCUCUAACGACGCCACACGCAUACAAUUUGUACGACGUUCGUGUCAGACUGUAUUAAGAGUCUCGAGUUGGACUUUAAAAGUUUUAUAAGUACCAGGCCUGGUCUUUCUGUAAAAAGCCCUAUUUUUAUGGAGUGGGUGUGUCAUCUUUAAUUAUAUAUAAUAGUUCUUGAAAUGCAUGUCCGAGUUUGAUUUUUUGCCAAGUUUUAUUGUUAUCAUGGGAAUACUUUCUUUUUUGUAUUUGAAAUUCCAUGAGACCUUUUGUAUUUAAGUUUUCAUCCUGUUCUUAUGUGUGUUGUUAAUCUCCACUGGUGAGAUGAUGUCGCCCCAUGAUGUGAGAUCGUGUUUCAAAUUGCGUGCAUUUUGUUACCAUCGCAAAUAAUAUAUUACAUGUAUAUGCUUGUUUAUUUUCAUAAAACCUGUGUAUCAUUCAAGAUGAUGGUGAAAUAUUUAUAGACAUGCUUGAAUACGAUGACCUCAUGUGCAAACUUGGACUUGCAUGGGAUUGUUACUUGCUUAUAUUAAAUAAAAAGUCUUCAUACA